GAGUGCUCAAAUUUUUAUAUGUAUAAAUAUUGUGGUUUAUUGCUGGUGUUGUUGUACAUUAGCUAAAUAAUAUCAAUAGUCUAAUCAUUUUGGCAAUGGAAGGAAGUUCUGCUUUAGAGAAAGGUGUCGCCUCCACACAUCGAGAGAGUAAUGCUAUGGCGGAUUUAACGAAGAGUCGUAAUGCAGACGACAAUGCUAUACAAUGGCCGAGUGAGCGCAUUCCUCAAGGUGGACUCUUCCAUACACCUAAAAUCGAAUACAGCAAGGAAACCGCCGAUUUGUUACAAGCACUUAUGGCCGAGUCCAAAAUGUCAAUGAUGAUGCGUAAAAAGAUCAACUAUCAUUUGCGGAACGGCGAGCCAUUGCCCAAACCCAAAUCGCCACGUGUAAAUACUAAGGAUCCCGAAGCUGGUGCUCUCGACAUCUUACGGCGAGCCCAGCUUGCUAAACGCAAAAGUUUAGAACAAAUUUUAGCCAGUGAUGCCUACAAGCUACCACCAUACCGCCCAAAACCGACAGAUCGUAUGCCAACGGAAAAAGAAAAGAAACUGCUGCAAGAGGCAAUGUCCGGUAUGCAUUUGGCGGAAAUGUCGGUAAAGGCCAAGCGGAAACCACGCAACAAAAAGGACUUCCACGCUACAGAAGAGCAUGUUAUUGAUGAACUUUUGGAACAAAUUAAUGAACGCGCCAACUGGUUGGCUGAAAUGGAGGAAUUGGGCGAAGGCAAACGCUUCAGAAAUGAAGUGCGCGAACAAAUAGCCGAAAGACUUCGUCAUAUAAAGGCGCUUGAGACGAAAAUUCAGAUUAAAAACAGUGGCAUACGUUUCGUGGAGUAAAGGCAUAAACUUAGUGUGUCAUACACUGCACAAAAACAAAAUUUUUUCGUUAUUUAAUUAUAUCAAAUUCGCCUAACGCAUAACAUUUUCCUUUACAAUCAUUUACUCCAAUUUAUUUGAAAUAUAAUUUUUAAAUGUGCCUUAAUACU